AUGCCUUCUGUGUUGUAUGGUGGCUGCAUGCUGGCUUUUAAAUUCCUUUGGCUGUUUGUGUUAGUAGAAGCAAGUACCAGAACCUAUUAUGUUGGGAUUGUGGAGGAGAACUGGGACUAUGCACCAACUGGGAAGAAUCUGAUUACAGGACAAAGCCUCACAGAAGAUGAACAUGCGAGUGAGUUUGUGAAGAGAGGAGCCAACAGAAUAGGACGUAUUUACAAGAAAGCUGUUUAUAAACAGUUCACAGAUGGUACCUACACGCAGGAGAUCCCCAAGCCAUCCUGGCUAGGGUUCCUCGGUCCAGUCAUGAAGGCUCAAGAAAAGGAUAUCUUCGUUGUUCACUUAAAGAACUUUGCUUUCCGUCCAUAUUCUCUGCAUCCACAUGGUCUCUUCUACGACAAAGAUUCUGAAGGAGCCCUCUAUCCAGAUGGAACAAGUGGCAAAAGCAAAGAGGAUGAUAUUGUUAUUCCUGGUGGAAAUUAUACAUAUACAUGGCCAGUGAAGAAAGAAUAUGCCCCCACUUUGGCAGACCCAACCUGCCUGACUUGGAUUUACCAUUCGCACAUUGAUACACCUCGAGAUAUCAGUUCUGGGUUAAUCGGACCAUUGCUGGUUUGUAAAAAAGGAAGUUUAGAUGACUCCUCAAUACAAAGCACUGAUGCUGCUAAAGGCUUUGCCCUGAUGUAUAGUAUUGUAGAUGAAAAUCUCAGCUGGUACAUUGAUGCAAAUAUAAAAGCUUUCUGCUUGGACCCAACCACGGUUGACAAAGAGGAUGAAGGUUUCAAGAACAGCAACAAAAUGCAUGCUAUUAAUGGUUACAUUUUUGGAAAUCUCCCCACCUUGGAGAUGUGUGCUGGUCAAUCCGUGUCCUGGUAUUUGAUUGGGAUGGGUAACGAGAUAGACAUCCACUCUGCGUAUUUCUAUGGCCACACCAUCGUUAACAAAGGCCACAGGGCAGACGUCGUCAACCUAUUUCCAGCAACCUUCAUUACAGUGGAAAUGAUUGCAGGGAAUGUUGGGAAGUGGCUGUUAACCUGUCAAGUAAAUGAACAUUUACAAGCUGGUAUGAAGGGGCUGUAUAACGUUCAGAUCUGCCAUAAAAAUGUUUCUCAGCCUUCGUUGACUGGUCAGGAAAGAAGAUAUUUUAUUGCUGCUGAAACCGUGCUAUGGAAUUACGGCCCUGAAGGCUAUGAUAAAUUCACGGGGCAGGCCUUGAAUACCACUGGCAGUGAGUCUGCAUCAUUCUUUACACAAGGGACUGAUAGAAUAGGAGGACAAUAUUGGAAAGUUCAGUAUGUGGAAUACACUGAUGACAAGUUUACCAGAAAGAAGAACCGAACUGAGGCUACAAUGCACCUUGGAAUACUUGGCCCAGUUAUCAAGGCUGAAGUGGGAGAUACUUUGUUAGUUACUUUUGCCAACAAAGCUGAGAAGAACUAUAGCAUUAUGCCACAUGGUGUGAGCUAUAGCAAGCAAUCAGAAGGAACAUCAUAUUUAGAUGGACAUUGGAAGCUGGGAGCACAUGUUAAACCCUGUGAGACCUUCACAUACAAAUGGAGAGUGCCUGAAAACGUUGGCCCAACCGCCAGCGAUCCGCCAUGCCUGACCUACCUGUACUACUCAGCAUCUGAUCCAGUCAUGGACACCAACUCUGGCCUCGUAGGACCUUUGAUAGUUUGUAGGAAAAACACUUUGAAUCAUGAUGGAACACAGAAAGGAAUAGACAAGGAAUUUUAUCUGCUCUUCACAGUCUUUGAUGAGAAUCUCAGCUGGUAUCUUGACAAAAAUAUUAAGGUGUUUACUGGGGACCCCUCAAAGGUAAACAAUGAAGAUGAGGAUUUCCGGGAAUCCAACAAGAUGCACGCUGUAAAUGGCUACUUGUUCGGUAAUCUGCCAGGAUUGGUGAUGUGCAAGGAUGACAAAGUUUCUUGGCAUAUGAUUGGCCUAGGCACCUUCACGGACAUGCAUGGAGUUCAUUUCCAAGGAAACACCAUCCAUUUGAGCGGGACGACAAGGGAUACUCUGGCCUUGUUUCCGCACUCGUCAGGGACGGCGCUCAUGCAGCCAGACCACGUGGGCAUUUUUAAAGUGGUUUGCAGAACAUUUGAUCACUUUGUGGCUGGAAUGAAACAGAUGUAUGAAGUGAAUAGCUGUAACAGUACAGCUCGCCCUGGGCAGCCCUAUGGAACCAUGAGAACAUAUUACAUUGCUGCGGAAGAAGUGGAAUGGGAUUAUGCACCUAAUAAAACCUGGGCUCUGAGUGGCAAAGAUGCAAGUUACGGGAAAAUUUUUGUAAGCCCAGGUGAAGAUCGGAUUGGUUCAAAAUACAAGAAGGUGGUUUACAGAGAGUACACAAACGGAGAAUUUACAGAGCACAAAGUGAGAUCAGCACAGGAGGAACACUUAGCAAUCCUAGGGCCCUUAAUCCAUGCAGAGGUCGGUGACUCCAUACUCGUUAUAUUUAAGAAUAAAGCUAUCAGGCCCUAUUCAAUAACUGCACAUGGCAUAGAAGAAGUGGGUAGUGGAGAAGGACCUGGAACACUAAUCACUGUGCCUGGGGAAAUAAAUACAUACAGAUGGAAUGUCCCAGAAAGGUCAGGUCCGGGUACUUCUGAUCCAAACUGCAUCAGUUGGGUUUAUUAUUCAACAGUGAAUUUUGUCAAGGACACUUACAGUGGUUUGGUUGGGCCGCUAGUAAUUUGCAGAAAAGGAAUACUAAAUGAAAAGGGUUUAAGGAGAGAUAUUGACCGUGAAUUUGCUCUUCUGUUCAUGGUCUUUGAUGAAAAUGAGUCCUGGUAUUUGAAUGAAAAUAUUGAAAAGUAUCUGCAUAAGUGUCCUGAUGACUUUAAUUACACCGAGGACUUUCUGGAGGGUAACAUCAUGCAUGCAAUUAAUGGGAGGGUGUAUGACAAUCUCCACGGGCUAAUAAUGAAAGAAGGUGCAAACACAAACUGGUACUUGAUAGGAAUGGGAAAUGAAAUCGAUAUCCAUACAGUCCAUUUCCACGCAGAGACCUUCAUCUUCAAGACGGAUAAUGAUCACAGAGCAGAUGUGUAUGACCUUUUCCCUGGGACAUUUCAAACAAUCGAACUCAUAGCGGAUAACCCUGGAACAUGGCUUCUGCACUGUCAUGUAGCUGACCACAUUCAUGCUGGCAUGGAGACAACUUUUACCAUCAGCAAAUCAGAUAACAAAGUUCCUUUAGAAGGAGGAGUAACAACCACAGCAUAUGACUCAAUUAAUGUAAAACACCGGGCUCCUGUAAAGGGUGAUGACAGAGAAGGAAUCAAAUUCUUAGGCAAAGCUCUGGGUGCAGGAGAAGCUAGCUCAACGCUCAUAGCCCUUUUUUCUGUUGGACUUGUUCUUCUGGCAAUAAUAUUAAUCCUCAUCAUCCUCAUCACUUGUCAGAGAAAAAGGACAUACUACAGGUCUGUGCAACGCAAGUGUGCGCUCCCAACUGAUUCCCUGUAA